GACGGUUCGGCCUCCAAAGUUUCGAUAGCACUUUCAGUUUCAAGUUUCAACCACCGGAUAAGCCUGCAGGACGAAACUCUGCUUCUUAGCUCAUUUUAGAACCAAAGUUAAAACAAAACAGCCACACAGGCUUCAGCCAACAUCCCAUGGCGUCCACCACCACACCCCUUUCCCUCGGUCUUGUCCUCCCUCCCCUCCUUUCUCCACGUCAGCACCGCCAUCACCACCUAGUCACGGGGUUUUCCUCUCCAACUCAGAGUCGACUCUCCCUCAGAAUUCGGGCGUUGGGCCCUGACUUAUUGGGUGAUUUUGGGGCCAGAGACCCUUUCCCAGAAGAAUUGGAGAGUGGGUUUGCGGAGAAAGUGUUGGGAAAUGUUGACACAGAGCACAAGAUUCUUAUACCUAAAGCCUCAGCUCUCUCUCUUGCUCAACAAGACUGCUCUCCUGUUUCUCCUUUGCAGGCUCCCAUGUCAGUUGAUGAUGCUAAGGCUCUAUUGAAGAAGGUUGUUGGUUGGAGGCUGUUGGAUGAAGAAGGGAGACUUAAACUGCAGUGUUUGUGGAAAUUGAGAGAUUUCAAAAGUGGAGUUGAACUGAUCAAUAGGAUUUACAAGGUUACAGAAGCCACCGGGCAUUUCCCAAAUCUCCACUUGGAAGAGCCAAAUCAAGUCAGAGCUGAACUGUGGACUGCUUCCAUCGGAGGCUUGAGCAUGAAUGAUUUCAUUGUGGCUGCCAAGAUAGAUGAAAUAAAAACAUCAGAUCUUGCUCCCCGAAAAAGAAUUUGGGCAUGAUUGAAGCACCAUUUUUCUUUCUUAAGGUAAAAUUGGACUAAUUUGAUGACUAAGAAGUCAUCGUUGCAACUCAAUCAGUAGAAAGACUCAUGAUACUGCAAUGCAGUUGAUGAGAGAUUCAACAUAUUUGUUAUAUAUGCUCUUUAUCCAUCUUUAAGCUUGUGCAUAUGGAUCAUUUAAUGAUUUUAUUGCCAAUCAGUAAAGGUCAUUUUUUAACCCUUCAAUGUUAUCUUUUACUUUGGCCUG